UGGUAUUAGGUAUUGCCAUCGUGCGGUUUUAUAUACAGAAAGGAACACAUAGAGGCUUAUUCAGAAGCGUUCAAAAGACGCUUAAAUUUUUCCAGACAUUUGCUUUGCUUGAGGUAGUCCACUGUGCAGUUGGAAUAGUUCGCACAUCUGUGCUUGUGACUGGGGUCCAAGUGAGUUCAAGAAUCUUCAUGGUGUGGUUCAUUGCACAUAGUAUAAAACAGAUCCAGAAUGAGGAGAGCGUUAUUCUUUUUCUGGUCGUAUGGACUGUGACAGAGAUUACUCGAUAUUCCUUCUACACAUUCAACCUGCUCAACCAUUUGCCAUACUUCAUUAAAUGGGCCAGAUACAACUUUUUUAUCAUUUUGUAUCCUGCUGGAGUUGCAGGUGAACUGCUAACCAUAUAUGCUGCUUUACCCUAUGUGAAGAAAACAGGAAUGUUUUCACUGAGACUUCCCAACAAAUAUAAUGUCUCAUUUGACUACUAUUACUUCCUUAUUAUUGUCAUGUUCUCCUAUGUGCCAUUAUUUCCACAACUCUACUUCCACAUGCUGCGGCAGAGAAGAAGGGUGCUUCAUGGAGAAGUAAUUGUGGAAAAGGAUGAUUGAAUCAAGCCGUGUAACUAUGGUGCUUUUAAUGGAAAAAAAGAGGGUAAAAAUACAAAACUUCCUGUGAUUUUUCUGAGUCCAAGUUUUAAAACAUGGAACAAGAAUAAACAAGUGUGCAU